AUGUACAAAUCAGAAGCAAACCCUCAUGAUUUUCCCGAAGGAGGAUGGAGAGCCAACUUGGUACUUUUUGGCUCAUUUAUGGGGCUCAUAGCAGACUUUGGUAUCGCCAAUUCAUUGGGUGCUAUCGAAUCGUAUGUUUCCACACAUCAAUUACAAUAUGUCAAACAAACUAGUGUUUCGUGGGUAUUCUCGUUGCAUUUGGGUGUAAUGUACUUUGGAGGAGUUUUUUUUGGAGAAUUGUUUGAUCGGUUUGGUGCCAGAAGACCUCUUAUAGCAGGUACAAUAAUAAUGUGUACUGGGUUAGUCUUGACGGCACAAAGUACUAAAUUGGAACACUUUAUUCUUUCUUUUGGUAUUCUCACAGCCAUCGGAACUUCUAUUGCCAUGGCACCAUUGAUUGGUGUGCUAAGCCAUUGGUUCUUGAGAAGAAGAGGGCUUGCCUGUUCAAUUGCUACUAUUGGAGGUUUGGUUGGAGCUUCAUGUUUUGCAGUGAUGUUACAGAACCUCUACACACAGAUUGGAUUCAAGUGGGCCAUUCGGGUAUUGGCACUCAUUUGCCUUUUCUGUAUGGUUAUUGCAAUUAUCUUCUGCCAAGAGAGGAGAAGACCACAGACUGGGAGGAAUGAAGUUACAGACCCAGAAUUGAACCAUGAAGAACAAACUUCUAAGGUUUCAACCACAAGAGUUCGGACUGUCUUGCAGUAUUUUAAAGGAGCAUUGGACUUUUCGAUCUUGAAGGAUCUGAGAUUUGUGUUAUUGACUUUGGCUGUUUUUUUGGCCGAGAUUAUUUCUAUGACAACUUUAACAUAUCUAUCCUCCUAUUCCAUUGCCAAUGGAGUGGGGGUUGCGCAAGCAUAUUUAAUGAUUACUGUAGUCAAUUUGUGUGGGAUUCCAUCGAGGCUCAUCUCGGGAUAUUUGGCAGACAAAUAUGGCCGAUUUAAUGUUAUGAUUGCUACAUCUGUUAUGACUACGAUAGUAGUUUUCUGCCUCUGGCUUCCAGCAAAAGGCAAUAUCGGAAUCUUGUACACAUUUGGUAUUCUCUUCGGUGUUUCCACAUCAGCAGUCAUUUCUCUUAUCCCUGCGUGUGCUGGGCAGAUCUGUCUGGCAGAAUCCUUUGGAAAAGUUUAUGGCACCAUGUAUUUUUUCUUGGGAUUCUUAACCAUCUUAGGAAUGUACUUUGCGUCUCUCGUCAUCAGUCAUGGAGGUACCGUCAACUACAGAAACUUCGUGUUGUAUGAAGGUGCCCUUGGUGUAGCCAGUAUUGUUCUCUGGAUUUGGGCUCGCUACGCUUCUGUAGGCUGGCGGUUAUGCAAGUUCUGA